AUGAUCUAUCUGCGUAUAGGUAUUGUGAUCACUUUGUAUAAUUUUUUGGCACUCGUAGCUUCAAAAAAAGCAAAGACUUUCCUUGCUAAAGAUGAAGAAAACCAAACAAAAGAAAUCGCGUCUAUUCCGGCUUUAAAUGCAGCAGGAAUGAAAUGUGAAGAUUCUCCUAUGGUAGAAGCCGCUGGAAUUAAGUGUAGUAUUUUAGCUAAAAAUAUAGGGGCCUUGGGAUGUCAACGAAUCAUUCAAGAAUUAGCAAACGAGCAUGGCAAAUCGGUUGAAAAUAUACCUCCGAUGUUUAGAAAUAAACGUAUUGCUGAUGCUUGUCCUCAAACUUGUGGACUGUGUGAACUCUGUGCUCCGGGUUGUACCAAGUGGUUUAUAGGUAAUGGUUGGUGUGAAGAAGCUUGCAAUAACGCUAGCUGUCAGUUUGAUGGUGGAGACUGUUGGGAUAAAGACUGCAUUGUAGGACCGUGGGGACAAUGGUCAGAAUGCUCAGUACCUUGUGGCCCAGGGGGUGAACGAGUCCGAAGGCGUGAUGUAUUAGUAAAACCUAAUAAAAACGGAAAACAAUGUCCGCCAUUAAUUGAUAAAGAGCUAAACUGUAACUCUGACAUAAAAUGUCCAGUAGAUUGCAAACUUUCGGAUUGGGGAAACUGGUCUGUUUGCAGCGCUGAAUGUGGCCUUGGACAAGUUACUCGAACUAGAGAAAUACUUGUAGCACCGCAAAAUGGAGGAAAACCUUGUGGAGAUUUGACCCAAUCUGCUGAUUGUUUCAUUACACCUUGUAAUGAUUCCUGUAAAUUGUCUGAGUUUGGUGAAUGGAGUCAGUGCUCGUCGAAAAUAGGAUCAGGAAGUCAAAUUCGGAUUCGACAAAUUUUGAAAGAACCCAUGCUGCAUGAUCAGCCCUGUGGAACAUUAUUUGAAGAAAGAAAAUGUGUGAAUUUUACAGAUAAUACUAGUGAAAAAGAUACUUGUAAAUUUUCCGAUUGGUCCUCAUGGACUGUUUGUUCUAAAUCUUGUGGUGGAGGUCAAACAACGCGGCAACGUUCUGUGAUUUCAGGAAAAUGUUUUGAUGCCCCACUCAUCGAAAAACUAGCUUGUAACAAUUUUGAAUGUAAUGAAGGUUGUGAAUACGAAGAGUGGGGACCAUGGAGUCCUUGUAGCAGUUCAUGCGGUUACGGUGUUCAAGAACGAACCCGACAAAUAAAACAGACAAAUAAUAAUGCUCAAAAACAUUGCGAAAAAUUAACACAGGCACAGCCCUGCUACAGUGGAGUCUGUGAAUCAGACUGUUACAGUGAAAUAGAAACGGAAUGUACAACUAAUUCAAAUAGUUGUGGAUUAGGUUAUGAGGUAUUAGUAGAUAAAAAAUUCAUUGAAAACACCUGCAUAUCAAAAUAUGUCGUAUCUGAUUGUAAUAUACCAUGCUUAGAUAGCAGCAUAGCUGAAAUAGUCACUUGUAAGGAAUGGACUGACUGCGUUGGAAAUUGUGAACAUGGAAGUUCCGAACGAAUUUGUAUUACAACGAACGAUCAAAUCAUCGUUCAAAAAAGAGAAUGUAGACCCAAAAAUUGUCAUAAUAGUUGCGAGUACGAUAGUUUUUCAGAUUAUGUCAUGUGCGAAAAAAACUGUGGUGGUUGUUUAGAACACGCUGAUAGAUCAGUAAUAAAACCUUCAGAAUCAGGAACUGAAUGUAAUGAACUUCGAAGUUGGAGAAAUUGUAUUGAUACGAUUCAAGAUAAUGAAGAUUGGGGUCCGUGGGGAGCUUGUAUAGCUCCGUGUAAUAAAAUGGGAUUUAAGUCUAGAAUCAAAACUUCUGAAGGUAAAUCAAAUUUAGAAAUUACUAAAUACGAAUUAGAAACUACUCCGUGUUUCAGAGCAUGUAAUGAUACUGUAAAUUUGCUCGAAGAAGAGAAUUGUAUAUAUUCACAGUGGUCUGAAUGGGGCAAAUGUUCUAAUAAAUGUGGACAAGGUGUAAUGAAGCGUUACAGAGAAAUUAUCCAAGGUGAAAAUAAAAACUGUAAAAAUAUAGUUCAAUCAGUACCUUGUUACAUGAAAUCUUGUGAUAAACGAUGCAAAGUGGGGUCUUGGAGCGAUUGGUCAAGUUGCUCGAUGGAGUGCGGUAAAGGAUCAAAAUUUAGAUCAAGAAAAAUAGAACAACUUCCAACAAGUUUAAAACACUCAUGUCCUGUAGUAUACGAAACACAAGUAUGCUUAAUAAAAGAAUGUCGCGAAGACCACAACUGUGAAAUGUCAGAAUGGUCUGAAUGGACCGAAUGUACUUCAAAAUGUGGAGGGGGAGUUCAAAAAAGAACAAGAUCUGUCAUUAAGGAGGCUAUAGAUGAUGGGAAAUGUGGCUCGACAAAGGAAGUUCGUGGUUGUAAUUUGCAGAGAUGUCCUAAUACGAAAUGUGUUGAUCAUCCUAAAAUAGCAGAAAGUCCAUUGAAUUGUAGCAUGCUAAAAACUCAAGGUUGCCACACCAACAUACGUAAGCUCGCCCGAGAACACAACGCUGAAGAUCAGUUACCUGAGGAAUUACCUCCGGAAGCGCGAAUAUUAGAUGUUUGCCCAAUGACGUGUGGAGUCUGUAAUGAAUGUGCUCCAGGUUGUGAACUUCGAGAUAUAGGUAACACUGUUUGUACACAAGAAUGUAAUGUAGAAGCUUGUAAUUUUGAUGGAGGCGAUUGUGGUUCAGAUUGUAAACUGAGCGAUUUAAACAUACCAAGUGGAAGCAAGCUUGAGACAAACAAAACCGGUUUGAUGGAAGGAGAAAAAACUGAACUUGUAUGUCCUGUAGGUUAUCAUAUCAAAGGCAGUACACGGAAUUGGUCUUAUCAAUUGAACUGUGAUAAAGAGAAACAAUUAGUUAUUUAUAAAAAAGAAUACCUAUUUGAUCAUUUAGAAGGAAUCAACGAAAAGAUCAAAUUAACGGAGGAGCUGAAUUGUGUGAAAGACGAUUGUUAUAGAGUGAUGAUUACAAAGUUUGGUAAAAAAUCGUUCAAUGAAUUAAAUGAAGAAGACAUUAACUUCUUUGAAAAUGUUUUUACUGGACUUUAUGAAAAAGAAAGAAUAAUUCCCGGGUUAAUAACUUAUAGAAAGCAUUCAGGUUUCAUUGACUGCUAUCUAGUAUUAAUUGAAAACUUCAAAAUAUUUUUCACUGAUCCUCCUAACCAUCGACCAAUUUAUUCUUAUUCUGAAAAUCAAGUUGACUUCUGCACAAGUAUAAGAGAUGACGUUGUAUCCUUUGAAGAUAAGUGGUUUUAUUUUAAUUCAGAUGUGAUUCAGAGAGAUAAAUUAUUGGAUGUACUGAAUCAAAUUAAAAUAAUAGAAAACGUAGAACCAAGCGUUUUUGAUGGCGUCAAAAUUACUGCAGUUGAUAGUUUAGAUACAGGAAUAAGCGAAAAUCUUGAAAACAUUUUUACAAAAAUUAAAUUAGUCGGUCCAUCCUUGAUCAAAAGCCAGUGCAGUGAUAUACCUUUAGUAACAAAAUUUGCAGGAAUAAGUUGUGAUAAAUUAGUUUAUUCACUGGGAUGCACUUAUAGAUUACGUGAAGCUGAUACAAGUUUGACGCUGCUUUCUGAAAAAGCAACAGUAGCCACGGUGUGUCCCCAGUCCUGUGGUUUAUGCACGCAAGAAUGCUCCAAAGGUUGUUCAAAUUGGUUUUUAGGAAACGGCUAUUGUGAUGAAGCUUGUAACAAUGAAAAUUGUGCGUUCGAUUUUGGUGAUUGCGAUGCUGAAAAAUCGACUCCAGACCCCACGAAUAAGACACCAGUUUCAAACGUAGAUAAAGUCACUGUAGCUGAUUGCAAAAAAUUAAUUGCGUUAUUUCCAAAUCAACUUACCGAACCUAUGAAAUACUUAAAAUUAGAAGACUCUGCAAUCGAAAAUAGCAGCUCAUAUUUAAAAUAUGAAUAUUUUUUCAAAACAAGACACUAUUUUCGACAUCUGUCCUCAUUCGUGUGCAUUAUAUCAACAUUAUGUCAAAAAGAAUGCUAUCGCUGUGAUAUAUCUCAAAGUGAACGGAUUGAUGAUUGCGCAGACGAUUUGGAAAUAGUGGAAAAUAGUUUAUUUUCAACAUGUGAAUAUCUUAUUUCCUUUGCAGGUUGUGCUGCCAAUCUAAAACAAGUUUUGUCACAGCAUACAAGUAUUCCCAAAUUUGUACUAGAUAAUAUUGAUGAAAAUUUAGACAUUGACGAUCUAUGUCCCAUGUCGUGCCAAAGAUGUCCAGCAUUUAACGUAAACGAAGAAUGUGAAGACUCUGAAAUUUUUGCACAAUAUGAUUUCAGUUGUUCUGGUUUAGUUGCUUACGCCGAAAAUGGUUGUAGAACACAGCUAAAAGAUUUAAAUUUAAGCAAAACGAUUAAACAAAAGAUUGUAAAAGAUAAAGGCAUUGACAUGAACACACAAUUAUCUGUUUUUUGUUUGAAGACGUGCGAUGUUUGUAAUGUACAAGGAAUAAGCAAAGAAGUUACAAUCAUUGGGCUUUUAUCUACUUCAAUGUCUAUUGCAGAAGCUUGUGAAAGCAGCAUGUCUUCAGUAGCUAAAGGGACAAGCUACGAAAGUAUCGCACAACCUGGUCUGGCUGUAAAAACACUUUGUGCUAAAGAAUGUCACACUUGUGGUUAUGUGUCAUGUGACGAUGGUUUUUGCAACGGAGAUGAAGAAUGGAUUGACUGUGGAGAAUGA